AUGACGGGGAAAACGGCCCCUCCAGCCAAAAAACCCGCCCCGGCGGCCGCCAAGAAAAAGGCAGCGCCAGCCCCCAAGGAAAAGGCGGCUCCGGCCCCUAAGGAAGAAGCAGCCCCGAAGGAAGAAGCAGCCCCCAAGGAAGAACCAGCCCCGGCCCCGAAGGAAGAAGCAGCAGCCCCUAAAGAAGAAGCGGCCCCAGCCCCCGCUGCUGAAGAGCCCCCAGCCCCCACAGAAGCCGCUCCCACCCCCCCAGAAGCCGGAGCAGAAGCCCCUCCAGCCCCCGCAGAAGGUUCCCCAGCCCCCCCAGCCGAACCCCCGGCCCCCGAACCCGAACCCCAGCCCGAGAAACCAAAGGAAGAGCCUCCCAGCUCCCCCCUGUCCUUGGCCGUGGAGGAGGUGAGUGAGAAUUCCUUCACGCUGACCUGGAAAGCCCCGGAGCACACGGGCAAGGCGGGCCUGGAUGGAUACGUGGUGGAGAUCUGCAAGGAUGGAAGUUCUGACUGGAAAGCUGUGAACCAGGAGCCUUUCCUUUCCACCCGCUACACGGUCCCAAACCUCAGCUCUGGGGACAAGAUCCACGUGCGGGUGACGGCCGUGGGAGCCGGGGGACCCAGCGCCCCGGCCACGCUGGAGCAGCCCGUGCUCAUCAGGGAGAUCCUCCGUGAGUACUGUGGAGUGCCGGGAGAAAUCCCUGUGGAAUUCCAGGGUGAAAUCCUGCAGAAUUCCUGGGUGAAAUCCCACAGAAUUCCUGGGUGA